AUGGUGACCGGACCGCCGCAUCCUUUUGACCCUAUCACCCCGGAGGAGAUCAAGCUCGCCGUGCGCAUCCUUGAGGCAACUUUCCCCGGGGUGGCUCUACGCUACAAGCGUAUCGAUGUCAACGAGCCCAUCAAGAAGGAUGUCCUGCCCUAUAUCGAGGCUGAGCGCUUACGGCGACCACUUCCUCCACCGCCGGCCCGUCUCCUCUACGUUCUCUUCCACCGCCUUGAUAGUGGUGCCUUCUACAAGGCUAUCCUGAACGCCGACAAACGCACAAUUGUCUAUGCGAAGGAGCUUCCUCGAGAAGUACAGGGACCCAUUGACCCUGACGAGAUCGCUGAGAUCGAAGCAAUGUGCAUGAAACACCCCGCCGUGCUGGCUGAGAUUGAGAAGAUGCAGCUCCCCGCCGGUGUCACCGUUUGCAACGACCCUUGGAUGUACGGCACGGACAAGGAAGAUGAGACUCGCCGGCUCUUCCAGUGCUUCAUGUAUCUAGUUGAGGUUGACCACCCUCAGAACAACCACUAUUCCUUGCCUUGCAAGUUCUCGCCAGUAUUCGACGGGUUGACCCACGAGCUCAUCCGCAUGGAUUAUCUCCCUGGUGGUGCUGACCAUACCUUCACCGACACGCAGCCCUGGAAGCCCGUCAAAGCAAUUCAAUAUGCUCAUGACCUUUUGGAUGAACCCCUUCGGACGGACCUUAAGCCUUAUAUUGUACAACAGCCAGAGGGGCCUUCAUAUACAGCGGACGGUAACUCUGUUUACUGGCAGAAGUGGCGCUUCCAUGUUGGCUUUAACAUUCGUGAGGGUCUUGUCAUCUACAACGUCACAUAUGAUAAUCGCAAUGUGUUCUACCGUCUCUCAGUCUCGGAGAUGACGGUUCCAUAUGGAGAUCCUCGCGCCCCAUACCACCGCAAACAGGCAUUUGACGUUGGCGACACGGGCUUCGGCAUGAAUGCUAACCAGCUGUCUCUUGGAUGCGACUGUUUGGGACAUAUUAAAUAUUUUGACGGAUACCAAAAUGACUGCAAAGGAAACCCAGUGCCAUUGAAGAACGUGAUUUGCAUGCACGAACAAGAUAAUGGCUUGCAACAUAAGCACACUAACUACCGGACAGGCGCUGCCACUGUCGUGCGCAACCGCCAACUGGUUUUGCAGAUGAUCUGCACAGUCGCCAACUACGAGUAUAUUUUUGCCUAUAUCUUUGACCAGGCCGGCAACGUCGAAUUGGAAGUCCGCGCUACUGGAAUUCUGUCGACUGUUCCUUUUGAUAAUGAGAACGGCCAGACUGUCCCUUGGGGAACCAAUGUGGGGCCUGGAGUCAUGGCUCCCUUCCACCAGCACAUGUUUUCAUUCCGAAUUGAUCCAGCUAUUGACGGAUUCAAGAACACUGUAUACUACGAGGACAGUGUGCCCAUGCCAGAGGAUGAGAAUAACCCUUGGCUCGUGGGAUACACUACCGACGCCACGGUGUUUAAGACCUCUGGUUCGGCCAACACCAGUGUCGAACGCCACCGAGUCUUCAAGAUUCGCAACGAUAAUAUCAAUAACCCUAUUACAUAUAAGCCUGUGGCAUAUAAGCUACAAGCUGCGCCCAGCCAGAUGCUGUUGGUUGGCAAGAAUUCCUUGGGGUAUCGACGCGCAGAGUUCGCUACCAAGCCGAUCUGGGUCACCAAAUACCAGGAUGACGAGCUCUAUGCCGCUGGCGAGUUCACCAACCAGAGCCGCCGUGCUGAGGGCGUCGAGACAUGGGUGCAGCGCAAGGACAACACUGAGAACGAUGAUGUUGUUCUAUGGCACACUUUCGGUCUUACCCACAAUCCCCGCAUCGAGGAUUUCCCCGUCAUGCCGAUAGAGCGUGUGAGUGUGAUGUUGAAGCCCGACGGUUUCUUCACCAAGAACCCCGCUCUAGACGUUCCCCAGUCCUCUCAAUCCUUCAACAAGUCCACUCUCCACCCCGAGGCAGCCUGCUGUGCUCGAACUUCUGUGUCCGCGGGCAAUGGCAAGGCCAAGCUGUAUAAGCGGCUGGAUUAA